AUGGACAAAGAAGCAACAUGCAGCAAAAGUAAUGGUACAGUUGAAGGAAAUUACUAUGAAAUUUUAGGGUGCGAUCAGAAGGCUUCUUUCUUUGAACUGAAGCGGAAUUAUCAACAGUUGAUCAAGAAGUACCAUCCAGAUAAACACGAGGGUUCAUCUUCGACAAGUGAAAAGUUUAUUGCCAUAGAUAAGGCGUAUAAAACAUUAAUGGAUGAAAACUCGAGGAAGGAUUAUGAUACAUCUCUCCUUAAAAGAGACUUUGACGAACAUUUUUUAAUACACGUAGAAUUAUCACAGAGUGAACUAGACUUUAGUGAGGAUGACACCGCUUUAUAUCUUUGUCGAUGUGGUGAAAAUUUUGUGAUACAUAAGAAAGACUUAAAUGAAGGAGGAUAUGUUAUGGAAUGCUUCCAGUGUUCUAACAGUAUACUAAUAAAGUGA